CACAGCUGAUAGUGAUAUUCGAUACGAUUACGAUCUUGAUCAUAAUGAUAAUAAUGCUGGCUUAAUCUAUCUUACCAGAUCUACUACUAGAAUCUAGUAGAAUAUAAUUUAUUACAGUUAAAGAAUUGAAAUUUUUACAAAUUUAGACAAUGGCGCACAAAGAAAAGAUGAUUUCCACGCUAAAAACAAAAGCAGAUAUGAUUGAAGCGGAAAUAAACGAUCUCAACAAUUUCGUCAAGAAUUUUGUAGAAAAGAUUCUUAAAGAAGCAUCUGGUUAUGAAGAACUGGAUACAGAAAAGUUUAAAACAAAACAUGCCCAACUAGAAUACAUUUGGAAUGCUUUGUUUAACGUUGGCAUUAAUUUUAUAAAUUUUGAGAAUUCAGAUACACUCCUACCUGAACCAACAUUGUCUGUUACUAAAAAAGACACGUCGGAAUGGCUCCAGAAAGAGAAACAACUAAGUAUGAGAGUGAGUCGCCUGGAGCAGCAGACAGAAAACACAUCUAGAAAUUCCAAUGAUCAAGUGGUUAAACAAGCAAAGAAAAUUGAAACACAAGAUAUGAAGAUAACCUCCCUUGAACAACAAGUGGAAUUUAUAAAAAAUAAAUUAGGAUUGUUUUCUAAAGGACCAGAGAAUGUACCAAGUACUGCUAAUAAAGUUGAACAGAAUUUUCAGUUUCUACAUCAACUGAAUCCUCCACCUAACAUGAUGAACUACAUUCAACCUCAAUUUAACCAAGUUCCUACUAUGUAUCAGAGAGGUCCAACUCCACCAUUUUUACAAGGGAAUCAGACAAUCAUAAACCAGAAACCUAUGUUAAAUGCUGUGCCUCAGCAAAUGGUCCCAGCACCAAUGCCAGGAAUGAAUUUUAACCCCCACCUACAUCAACAGCAUGGUAUGCCACCUACAAAUGUGGUACCUUUUUUACCUGGCAAUUUUACACCCAUGCCUCCUAGCAAUGUGGCAUCUUUAUUUCCUAACAAUGUGCCACACUUACAUCCUGGCAACGUAGCACAUUUGUUACCAGUCAACCCAGCACAAUUGCUACCAGAUAAAACCAAUCAAGAAAAUGAGCAAUCCAAAGGAAAUACCACACAUCUAACUGGAACACCUGUAAGUGAAUAA